UUUUUAGACUAGAAGUGCCGCCCCCCAGCCCUGUACCUUCGACCUCUGCUGUGGGAGCUGGCCUCAGUCAUGACCGCCCUUCAUGUCCACUGCUGCUUUUUGCCCAGGACCAGGCCGGAUGCUCUCCAUGGGGCACUGCCGCCUUUGCCACGGGAAGUUCUCCUCCAGGAGUCUCCGCAGCAUUUCCAGCAGGGGGACUGGGGAAACUGUGGAGCGAACCCCCCCGGGUGAACACGUCUUCAUCAGGGACUUCCAGCGGCUGCUGGGGGUGCCUGUCCUCCAGGACCCAGCUUUGUCACCCUUUGUCUGCAAGAACUGCCAUGCCCAGUUCUACCAGUGCCACAGCCUGCUCAGCUCCUUCCUACAGAGGGUGAACGCCUCCCCCACGUGUCGCCGGAAGCCGUGUGCAAAGGCUGGAAUGCAGCCUCAGACUGCUGCUGCUACGGAUGGCUCAUGUCCAGCAGACCAGGUCACGUGGAGCCCCCAGUGCCUGCAGGCCCUAGUGGGGUGGGUGCAUGGGCACGCGGCUGGCUGCGGGGCCCUGCCCAGUCUGCAAAAGACACUGUCCUCUGAAUACUGCGGUGUCAUCCAGGCCAUAUGGGCCUGCAGCCAGGGUCACGACUAUGCCAUGGACACAGACUCUGGCUGUGGGGCUUUCAUGCUGGACAGCGCGCUGGCAGUCAAGUGGGAGUGGGACAAGGAGACCGCUCAGAGGCUUACUCCUAGUCGGGGGCUCAACAUUGCUGGGGCUGCCCCCCAACACUCCCAGGACAGAGGGACCACGGCCGAGACUGAGACAGAGGUGCUGCCCAGCACAGACACGGCCCAGCCUCUCUUGGAUGGCAGUCCUGUGGGACUUGGGCAGAGUGCCCCACCCCAGCCAAGGCCACCCCCCAGUGGGGCUCGAGGGCAGUUGAGUGAGAAGCAGGUUCCAUCUUCAACCUCGGAUGAUCGGGUAAAAGACGAGUUCAGUGACCUUUCUGAGGGAGAUUUCCUGAGUGACGAUGAGCAUGACAAGCAGCAGAAUGUCCCAUCAUCUGACGAGUCCUUCGAGCCAUAUCCGGAGAAGAGGACUUCUGGUAGAAAGAGUGAAGUGAAAGAAGCCAAGCAGUCUGACGGACCAAAACCUCGGAAGAAACCAGGCCCCAAGCCAGGCUGGAAGAAAAAACUCCGCAGUGAAAGGGAGGAGUUGCCCACAAUCUACAAGUGUCCUUACCAGGGUUGCACAGCCGUAUACAGAGGUGCCGAUGGCAUGAAGAAGCACAUCAAGGAGCACCAUGAGGAGGUCCGGGAGAGGCCCUGCCCACACCCUGGCUGCAACAAGGUGUUCAUGAUCGACCGCUACCUGCAGCGCCACGUGAAGCUCAUCCACACCGAGGUGCGGAACUAUAUCUGCGAUGAGUGUGGGCAGACCUUCAAGCAGCGCAAGCACCUCCUCGUGCACCAGAUGCGCCACUCGGGAGCCAAGCCCCUUCAGUGUGAAGUCUGCGGGUUCCAGUGCAGACAACGAGCCUCCCUCAAGUACCACAUGACCAAGCACAAGGCUGAGACUGAGCUGGACUUUGCCUGUGACCAGUGCGGCCGCCGCUUCGAGAAGGCUCACAACCUGAAUGUCCACAUGUCCAUGGUGCACCCACUGACACAAACCCAAGAUAAGGCUAGACCCCUGCAGACAGAGCCCCCUGGGCUGCCAGGUCCCCCAGGGACAGGAGAGGGCCAGGCCGUGAAGCCUGAACCCACCUGAGGCCAGUGGGUGGGACAGCUAAGCAGGGCUCCGCAGUACCAGCGUGCUGGGCCUAGGUUCGUGGCACACAGCAGGGGUGGUGGGUGCUACUGGCUGCCCUAAGUGGUGAGGGAGGGGCUCAGUGCUUGGCUGUGAGCCCUACUGGCUUCCCGCUGGGACCAGCAACUUUUCUUGGAGCCAGCUCAGAUUUUCAAUAAUUGAUUAUUCCUCCUGCUAAAGUAAUCAAGACCAUUGUGACCCGCCGUGCAGUGUAACCAGAGCGCAGAGGCUGUGCCCACAUUUGUUUACUCAGCAGCUGGGAUGGAGGGCAGCCUCCCCCUCCCCAGGAGCUCCUGUCAGAAGAGCCUGGGCUCCCGAUACAGGUCUGGGUCCGGGUCCGGGUCCGGGUCCCGGUCCGGGUCCGGGUCCAGGUUGGGAGGAACUGGCAGCUUUUUCCUGAGGGCGGCGCUCACCUCAGGGUCCAGGUCCUUGCUAGCCUCCAGCAGCUAUGAGAGCACACAGGCUCAGUCCUGCCGGCCCCGUGGGACCAGCUGACGGACUGACUGACUGUUCUGAAGAGGCGUGAAAACUCUCCACCUCAUGAGUGUGGGCGGGCCGCAUUACCUCCAUCAAGUUCAAGCAGCUCCUCUCCGGGCACCGAGGGAUGGACUGCAACAGGAAGCCCCGAGCCUUUGUGAUCAGUCCCAAGGCAUCUCUCUGGGGUGGAGAAACAGGCACAGGGUCACACAGCAUGGCACCUCAGAUACAUUCUGUGUGCUCCUGUGUUUGUCCCAAGGUGCCUCUGCAGGAG